CAACGCCUCCUGACUUGAACGGACUGACGGUUGCUACCAACCAACUACUAAAUGACUAGCACUGCUGUAUCAACAACAAUACCAACGCCUCAGGCUGCCGUGGAUACGGAGUCCAAGUCCAAGCGGAAAGCCUCCACCGCUGGUCUGCCCGCCAAUGCCCGGCCUGUAAAACGGCGGGCGUCGAAGGCGUGCUGUUGCUGCCGGGCUCGCAAAGUGCGGUGUGAUGUGGUCGAAAAUGGUUCGCCCUGUACGAAUUGUCGCUUGGACCAAGUAGAGUGCAUUGUCACUGAGAGCAAGAGGAGAAAGAAAUCACGUGUCGAGGUCGACAAUGCAAACUCCCACCGGCUUUCUCAAUCGCCUGCAGAGGGCCCCGAUGAUGGGGCGAGUUUGUUCAGGCGCCUGAGCGAGUGCCACGGGCUUUCCGACAUGAUCCCGGGCUCUCCGUCGCAGCGCUCCGUAGAUCUGGAUCAAGGGCAGCACAUGCCGCAUCUCCUAUAUCAGAGUCAGGCGAACCGAAUUGGCUCCGGGGAUCGCUUUCGAAGAAGAAUGGCCCCAAAUCCUGCGGUUCCGGCCACUUUCCCUUUGCACCAUGUGACUUCGCACAUUCAGCAGCUGCUUGAUCCUACUUUUGCCAACUCCAGGUCGGGUGGGGUCGUUUUGCCAGACUACAUCCGCGGAUUACCGCCUCGCCUGCAGAAGGAGGACAUCGACUACCUGUCUAUGAAAGGCGCGUUGACGGUUCCGGAUGUGGGAUUACGGAAUGAGUUGCUGAAAAGCUACAUCCAUUACGUCCACACGUAUAUGCCCCUUCUUGACUUGGAAGAUUUCCUGCAGACCAUCGUGCAGAACGAUGGCAUCCGCCGCUUGAGCCUCUUGCUAUUCCAAGCCGUCAUGUUCGCUGGCACUGCGUUCAUCGAUCUGAAGCACCUGCAUGCGGCCGGUUAUCCGACCCGGAAGGCAGCCCGGAAAGCAUUCUUCCAGCGCGCCAGACUCCUGUACGACUUUGAUUACGAAGUGGACCGCAUCUCGCUCGUCCAAUCCUUACUCCUGAUGACCUACUGGUAUGAAACCCCCGAUGAUCAGAAGGAUACCUGGCAUUGGAUGGGCGUGAGCUUGUCCCUGGCACAUACCAUCGGUCUACAUCGUGACCCCGGAAAUUCUCGAAUGGAUAUUCGACGCCAACGGAUGUGGAAACGGAUCUGGUGGAGCACAUAUACCCGGGAUCGUCUGAUUGCCUUGGGAAUGAGACGUCCGAUGCGCGUCAAAGACGAUGACUGCGACGUUCCAAUGCUGACCCUCGAUGAUUUUGAGUUCCAUCCGUUUUCACCGGAAAUCGUGAACAUGGUGGGCAAUUCGGAAGUCCUCCAAAGCGUGAGUCACCAGAGAGAGCUUGCCUUGAUGUUCAUUGAAAAGGCAAAACUUUGUCUGUGUGUGAGUCACGUCCUGUCCGCUCAAUACUCGGUUUUGAGCCACAAGUUCGGCGGCACAAUGGAGACAACCAUGAUGUUGGUGCCCAAGAAAUCGGCAGCGGAGACCUUUGAGGUUCGUCGUUGUGACCAGGAGCUGGAAGACUGGCUGGCCCACCUUCCGGCAGAGAUCCAGUACGCUCCCGCCGCGCCCUCCAAGUUGAGUGAGGCACAAGAAGUGCUUCACUCCCAUCGGGCGCUCCUGAAGAUGGUCUAUUUGACCACCUCCAGCGCCCUCCACCGUCCCCAGGUGCUCCCUGCUAUCCCGUUUCCCUCGAUGGACGCCGAGCUGCAAGAGAUCUCGAGAGAUAAGGUGCGCUUUGCCGCGAUCGAGAUUACGAACAUCGCCCAGGACCUACAUAGCUUGGAUCUAACCCGGUAUUUCCCAACGACGGGUGUCACGGUUCUCCUUCCCGCUGUUAUCAUCCAUCUCCUCGACAUCAAGUCCAGUGACCUCAAUAUUCGGAUGACAAGCCUCCACCGGUUCUAUCAGUGUAUGCGCAUUCUGCAGCGCUUGCGGGAAAUCUAUGCCUCGGCGGACUUCGCAACCUCGUUUUUGGAGGCUGCAAUUCGGAAGGCCGGGAUUCAGCUUACGGUAGCACCACAAGAUGUGCAUCCGCGGACAAACAGUACACUUGACACGACCGCACGCGUUAACACUCUGACCCCGCCUCCAGACUCCCUGGCGCAGAAAAUCCCCGACCUGACAUAUCCGAAAUCCAAUGAGCCAGGGCUUACAGGCCAGCUUUCCAAGGGAAGCGGGCCCGGGUUUGCGUCAACACCUCCGCCCUCCGAUGGUAGCGAGAAUGGGAGCACCAACAACAUCAACCCGAGUUAUCACCAAGACGCCUUCGCGAUUCCCAACUUCGAUUCGGAGCUGAGCAUAAGCGAGCUCAUGGAUCUGGCGAAUGAUGCGGAAGUGACCCAGAAUGACUUUGAUGCCUUGAUCAACUUUGACGACGCCGGCGCCGACUUUCUCGCCCCCGACGAUGGCUUGAAUCCCAAUGGAAACGCUGGUGGGAAGAGCUACGGCUUUAGUCUAGGUCCCAUGGGUAACCUCUCCGACAUCAUGGGGUUUGAUACCGAGAACAAAGGCGUUGACUUGACCGGCUUAGGAGAUGGGCAGAUCACUGAAGAUCGCACUGCGGCACCACGGGCCGACGUAGCCAGUAUCGCCGCCGACCUGGAUGCGGAACUCGGCUUGAGUCUAUAAGCACUUGUCUCUGGUCGUAUUCUCGAACUCAUCUUCUUUCUGCAUUACUUUUGGCAAUGAUGUUAUGGCCAUGUCAUUGAAGUGGGCCUUCUUUCCAUCUGGGAGCAUUCAUGGGAGAUGGGCGCUUGGAGUUCGUUCACGGGGUUUCAUAUAUCGGGCUUGAAUCUUGGAUCGGCUGAUGCUUGUUGAUCAUGUACUUGAUGCGCCUGAUGCCGGUUGCCUUUCCCCCUGCAUGGGCGACUGUUUCUAUAAUAUGUACAUACCGAGUCGAAAAGUACGACACGAGGAAAUGAAUGACUUAUGUAUACGCCGCACGGGC